UUGCACACAUUCAAGAUGGUGGUGGAUCAAGACAGCGAAACAGGUCAGCUCUCCUACAAUGGGCGCGGGCGCCGGCUGCGCAGGCGCACUCCAGCUUCCCUCGCCGACCUUGGCGGAGCGCGCCUGCGCAGUGGGGAGCAGUUCGUGGCUAGCUUGUGGGCCGGCUGCAGUCUCGGCGUGAAGGCGGCCAGAGCCGCUGUCUCGACUAAGAUGAGGCUCCUGCUGCUUCUCCUGGUGGCGGCGUCGGCGUUGGUCCGCAGCGAGGCCUCUGCCAACCUGGGCGGCGUGCCCAGCAAGAGAUUAAAGAUGCAGUACGCCACGGGGCCGCUGCUCAAGUUCCAGAUUUGUGUAUCCUGAGGGUACAGACGGGUGUUUGAGGAAUACAUGCGGGUUAUUAGCCAGCGGUAUCCAGACAUCCGAAUUGAAGGAGAGAAUUACCUCCCUCAACCAAUUUAUAGACAUAUAGCAUCUUUCCUGUCAAUCUUCAAACUAGUAUUAAUAGGUUUAAUAAUUGUUGGCAAGGAUCCUUUUGCUUUUUUCGGCAUGCAAGCUCCUAGCAUCUGGCAGUGGGGCCAAGAAAAUAAGGUUUAUGCAUGUAUGAUGGUUUUCUUCUUGAGCAACAUGAUUGAGAACCAGUGUAUGUCAACAGGUGCAUUUGAGAUAACAUUAAAUGAUGUGCCGGUAUGGUCUAAACUGGAAUCUGGUCAUCUUCCGUCCAUGCAACAACUUGUUCAAAUUCUUGACAAUGAAAUGAAACUCAAUGUGCAUAUGGAUUCAAUCCCACAUCAUCGAUCAUAGCCCUACCUAUCGGCAUUGAAAACUAUUUUACACUAAGGGAUUUUGCAAGAGCAGCGUGACUGACAUUAUGAAGGCCUGUACUGAAGACAGCAAGCUGUUAGUACAGACCAGAUGUUUCUUGGCAGGCUCGUUGUACCUCUUGGAAAACCUCAGUGCAAGAUAGUUUUUCCAUUGCUGGCACAUGCUGAAUUCUGCACAUAUAUGGAGUGCAAUGAUACUGUGUAGCUUCCCCGAGCCCACCUUUAAUAGUUUCUUCUUUUUGAUGUGGCAUUACUACUUGUAACUCUUUUCUUGGUCAUGUUUGAGAAAGUACAGAAUUGAAUUACAACUUGAGUUUUUUUUCAAGAUGUGUGUUAAGCUUGUUGUGUUUUUAUAUGAAUUUUCAUUUUUAAAGUUUAAUGUUAGUUUUCUUGGGGAAACACCUGAAGUUCCUAAAUAAUUUAUAAAAGUUUAUCAGAUAGCUCUAAUUUGGUUAUGCUUUAUAUAUAGUUUUCAGAACACUGCAGAUUGUGCACAGUGAAUUAUACACGAUUAUGGGGGGGAAUCCAAUACCCAGAGUACUCUACUGUGUAUGUGUGUGUGUGUGUGAAAGGGAGAGAGAGAGAGAGAGAAAGAGAGAAAUUACCAGGAACAAAACCAACUGCUUUUUUUUUAAAUCUACAUUUUUAAUAUACCAAGUAAUAAAACAUUAGUAUUUUAUUUAUGACAAGAUACUUAAACAAUAUUUGCAAUGUUAUAGACACAUAUGUCUACAUUUUUACAUCAGAUGUUUGAAGGUAAAAUCAUAUGAAUGAGUAAAACUAUAUUGACAGAUUACAAAAGAGCAAAUACAUCUUGGCCAUAAUUUUAAAGUCUCCUUGUUUUUGAAAAUAAUAAGAAUAAUUUAUUUCACUAUUGUUUCUAAAAUGUCCUAAUCAAGCUGAGGUAAAAUAAAACUAAACUGACAUCAUGCUUAGAGAGUUUUUCAAGAAUAAUAAAGAUUUGAGAAA